UUUGCUUUUAUUAUUAAGUUUUCUGAUGUAAUGCUUAUGAGACAUAAGUACACUAGCUAGAACUAGCCUUGCUAUCUGAUAAUUUAAUUAUGAAUUAUCAUUGGAGACUAAUAUAAGUAAUAGCGUGUAGGUUCACAGUAUACGUAAGUAGCAGCAGCAUCACCACCAGCACCACCAUCGGAAAUUUGCGCAUCUCCAAAGAUACAAGGUGACAGGAAACGUGAUGCAGUACGAGAACUUUUCCUGAACCUCACGACAGUCAACAAGGCCAAUUUAAGGCAGUGAAUUGCACUUCACAAUUCUAUCUCUUAUAGACAUUCGGCCCUUGUAUUCGUGUUUUAAGUCAGUGCAUCGAGUCAACCAGGUGCCCACGUCGUUAGUCUCAUUAACAUUGGAACAAGUCGGAUUCACCCGAUUCGCUGUCACAGUGCUUGGCGAACGUAAACAGCCGUUGAUUAUGACAAACCGUGGGGUGAGAGGCUUCAUGACAACGUAAAACUGGCACUGGUCGGCGCCUCGCAACACUUCGACCCACAAAAAACGGUAAUGAUGAGGCUGCUGUUACUGCUAGUGGCGCUUUUCAUCAUCACCGGGGAGGUGCGUGCGAGAAGAGAAGGACGAGAAGCUGGUGCUGAUGUAGAGGAAUAUGCAAGUUAUGUCAGAGCAUCAUCACCAAUACUCAUAACAGCCGAGCCUCACUCCCACCAGCAUCACCGCCACCAGCACCACCACUACCUGCACAACGCUACAGCGACUCACCAGCAAGGGGCCUCACAAGCUGGUCAUGAAACGGCGCUGCUUCACUUUAACGGAAGGAGCGCAAGGCGAAGAGCACGAGCCAGGUGGAAGCAGAGGCAGCAUCGUGGAGGCAGGCGUGCGGCGGGCGUGAGGGUGGUGGUGGAGGGCGCGGCGGAGGCGGGACCGCUGCCACACUUCUGGCGCAGCACCGGCCUCAGCCCUCCUCUGCCACACUCCUCGCCUCAGCCUUUCCUGCUCAGCCCAGACGAGCUCCUCAACCUGGCUAUGGUGGGCUCCCUCCCGCACCAGGCCAUCUCCCAGGCCCGCAUCCACUGGCUGUUCGGCCUCGUCAACGCUACCCUGAGCAGCGGAGCCCCACAGUACAACUUCACCCAGCUUGACACUCUCAUGACGCACCUCCACCAAUACCGCCUCAGCCCUGGCUUCGAACUCAUGGGAAACCCGGGCGGCAUCUUUACUGACCUCGAGAACGCCACACAGGUCAGCUGGUGGCGCCUCCUGGUGGGGCAGACGGCGGCUAGAUACGUGGAACUCUUCGGGCUGGACUGGGUAUCCACGUGGCGCUGGGAGACGUGGAAUGAACCUGAUCACCACGAUUUCGAUAACCUCUCCUUCACAGUGCAGGGCUUUCUCAAUUACUUCGAGGCGUGUCGGGCUGGACUGCUUGACGUCUCGCCGCGGCUUAGGCUGGGAGGGCCCGGGGGUUCCUGUCGCGACCCGUCCUUCUCCCGCAUGUGCUGGGCGCUGCUGGACCACUGUGAUCGCCGCGCCCCCGCCCGCUGCCUCGACUAUAUCUCCGUCCACAAGAAGGGGCAGGAGGACGCGGACAGCAUACUGACGCAGGAGCUUCUUACCUCGGCCAUGAUUCGCAGCACCUUCACAAACCUUCGUCACGUUCCUUUGGUUAACGACGAGGGGGACUUCCUGAAGGGGUGGUGGCGAGGUGCUGAGUGGCGCGCGGACAGCCGAUACGCCGCCCUGGUAGUUCGAGCUGUCGCCAUUCACCUCCCUGCCCUCGCUGUCCUGCGCUACGAACUGCUUAGCUUUGAUAAUGCCUUCCUCAACUACAGGCCAAGCUUCUUCAACCAGCGGACCCUUGUGGCGAGGUUUCAGAUGAAUUCUACGUCCUGGCGCCACGUGCAGCUGGUGAAGAAGCCCGCCUACGCCGUGAUGGGCCUCCUCUCCCUCCUCGGGGACAGGACAACCGACCGCACACUCCAGGGAUUUGACGACAGGCUGUCGGUCAUCGCCUCCUGCCGCCACUGUCGCUCCAAGGUCCCCACGUCGCUUCCAGGUCAAAAAAGCCACGAUCACUCGGGCGCUGAGCAGCAAACUGGAGGCGACGUUGCGGAACCCGACCACGACCUGCAUGUUUAUCCCAGUGACAACUCUCCGGAAACGGAAGCUAGGUCUGGAAGGGAAGAGAGGGAUGAAGAAACGAAGGAAGGAGUAGCGGAGGAGGAGAAAGAAGGAGAAGAGGAGGAGGGAAUAGAGGAAGCUAAGACAAACAUUCCUUCUUCCUUACUUAACCACAAGCACCACGAUCCCACACUCAAUCUCCUACUCCCCAACAGCCGCAGAAACACACGUCGCGGCCACACGCAUGCCGACAGGAAACGAGGAUCCACAGUCGAUGCCAAGUCCGUAGGGGAGGCAUCCGUUGCUGCCACAGGGCCUGUUUUUGGUCGUGGCCGCCCCCGCCUCCACUCCCAAGCCUCCCACACACAGCGUCUCCCCAGCACAGGCAUUGGGGAGGAUGCUACGGCGGUGUGGAGCUUUGAGACGAAUGAAGGUGUCGCUGCCUCUCCACGGCCUGAGGAAGGUGGGAACGAAGGAGGAAGAAGAGAAAUGGUUGCAGGUGUGGAAAAUGAGGAAAUAAAAGAGGACACUGCAGAGAGAGAAGAAAAUGAUGGAGGAAUCGAGGAGUGGGAUGGAAAAAAUGCUCAGGAGAACGAAAAUGGUGAGGAAAGACGAGAAUACAACGAAAAUACGGAAGACAGUGACGAAAUAAAAGAGGUAAACGGAGAAAAAUUGGAGCAAGACGAGGGAAAAGACGAGAAGGAAGAAAAGGAAGAGGCAGAGAAGAAGGAGCAGGAAGAGAAGAAAGGCGAGCCCCCCGGCGCCGCGUGGGAAGCAGCAGUGCUGGUGUCUCUCUCGGAUGGCCCCACCAGGUCACCGCCGGGCGCCUGCAGGAAGGUGGCGGUAGAGGUGAACAUUCCCAGCUUCCUAUUGGGAGGAGUGAUGCAUGCCGCCGUGUACCGCCUCAGGGGUAGCUGGCCGGGACCCUACGAGGCGUGGCAGCAGCUGGGGCGACCUGAGGAGCCGAGCCGCCUCCAGCUGGCCUUCAUGAGGACAUAUGAGAACCCCCGCCGCCAGGGUCCCAUCCAGGUGGCUACGCGUUCCCGUGUGGUGGUGCCCGUGAGGCUGUGCGCGCCUGAUGUGUGGCUCCUGCAUCUCUGCCAGCCCUCCACCGCCGUUCCGGGACAGGUUGUGGGUGUGGCGGUGACGGGCGUGACUCCUUGGGACGCUCUGGUGACAUGGGCUGAUCUCCGGAUCUCCACCAGGUGUGUGUUGAGGUACGAGGUGGAGCACAGCGGGGCGGGGCGCGGGGGUCCCUACAUUAGAGUGAGUCGCCUCAACAUUACUGACAACAACUUCUGGCACGCGCUUCCCCAAGCAGGUCAGAGGACGGUACGUGGAUGGUACAGGGUACGUGUGAUCACCUACUGGGGCUCCACAGGGCCGUACUCUUUCCCUGUGUACCACCGCCCUUCCUCCACGCCCCCUGCCGCCCACCCCAGUCCUUCGCAGAACAGAGGCAGCGAGGUGCAGAGGGAGGAGGACCGUGGGAAGGAGGCGUCACUCAUGGAUAACUCUUGACCGUGGGAUUCGAGACUUGAGCGGCUGGGAGCGUCUUUGUACUCCUCCGCGCCGCCUGAGUGACUCGCGAGCUGCUGAGUCAACUUCACGGGGAAUUUUUGACGUGGACCUCGCGAUAAGAACUUUGACAGGAGGCGCGGACGUGAACUUUGUUUGGGAGGAGUGGGAAUUUUAGCAGUGACGUGACGUGACCUUCAGACAAUAUUUUACGAGUCACCGAGAACGAGUCCAAAGUUUAGCCAUCAUGAAGUCAGGGAAUGCGUUUUAACUAUCAUGUGGACAAACUCUGGGUGAUGCAAAUUGCUUAUCUAAAGUUUAUUUGCAUGGCCGCCAACGUGAACUGUGGUGUGGGUUGUGUAACGUGAUUUUAUUUGUCACUAUGGCUUUAUGUAACCUUGUGUAAGAGCUUCGAACAGCCGUGAAGUCCCGGAACACGGAAUGAAGCUUUGAAACGAUUAUCUAGGUUUGAUUACCACCUCCAGCUCCACCUUCACCACAGUCAUCACCACUACGCUUUCCUUCACCACUGCUACCAUCAUUACCACGACUACUAUAUCUCAUUCUCCACAUCACUCCUUCGCCACCGAUACCAGUAUCAUUAUUACCACAACUACCGCCACCACCACCAUAUCUUCCUCCCCCAACACCUCACAUCAAGGAUAAAUUAAAGAGCAGGAUAAUAACUAUAUAAGUUUAUUUUAGCAGGAAAAAAUAACAUUUAUAUGAUUCAAAAAUUCCCAUAAUAAGUAUAUGUGUGGUCAUCACUUUAUAUACAACUGUACCGGACUUGAAGGCGAUUCAGACUGACGAGCAAGCGCGAAUGACACUUGAGGAAUGAACUCUGCAUAGAUCCGUGAACUGGAUUUUAUCACCGGCACCUAAAAUCCUGACGAAAUAUAGAGUUGCGUGUCAGCGGCGUCAGCGACGAGUCAGGCCUAAGAGAGGGACGGCGAGACUACUACUACUUGGCGGCUACGGGCGAGACGCAGAGGCCUGAGGCGUCCAGGGGCAGGGAGAGGGCGAAGCGAAUGAAAAUUGAAGCGUUGACUACUUGGGGGAACUGUAUGUACACACGUCCCCAGUAGACCGAGGCGAGGCUCCCGCCACCACGAGGGCGCGGCAGCCUGGCCCUCAGGGAGCUGCCGGGGACUUAUUGCUUAGUUCUAGCACGACCUUGGAAGUGACGUAAAGGUAACUCCCUCUCUCUCUCUCUCUCUCUCUCUCUCUACACUUCACCAAGCAGUGCACCAGGACGUAUCGAUUCCCCCGUAGCUCUACACGGGUCGCAUGUUGGCUCGUAAUGCAGCCGCACGACACGUCACUCGCUGCAC